UCUGGUCAAAUCGAAUUCAACGAAUUCGUGCUUCUUGCCUCCAAGUUCAUGUCUGAAGAAGACUCAGGAGUGAUGGAACAAGAACUUCGUGAAGCUUUUCGGCUCUACGACAAAGAAGGAAAUGGGUAUAUCACAACGAAGACCUUGCGGGAAAUUUUGCGAGAGUUGGAUGACAAGCUGACCAACGAGGAGUUGGACGAAAUGAUCGCAGAAAUCGACACUGACGGGUCCGGAACUGUCGACUUCGACGGUAAGUUUGUCAAAAUUUGCGUUUGA